AUUAAAAUUCGAAUUGUCAAAGGAGUGAUCAGUGAGAAAAAUGGAAAGCCAUUUGACAAAGUUAGCAAUCUGAAAUUUGUUGUUAAAUAUGUCAUACUCGAAGAACACACAUAAAAUAGCAGAUCAUAGCAAGACAGACGCGCAAAUAUCGAGCAGGAAUGAAGAAGAAGGAGAGGUAAUUAGUUGUAACCCGACGGAGAGUCGUACAUACGCUGUAACGGUUUCAAAGAAACCAUCGCCUUCGAGCGCAGACGAAGCCACGUUGUGUUCCGGACAAAAAUCUUUUAUCAGCAUACAUUCCACCGACCAACUAUGCCAAGUGGCCGAUGCAGACAACCCUUCAAUGUUGGAAGAAUGUAAUGUGGAGGUUCUCAGCCUAAAUGAGGUGUUUCCGUCGACGUCUGAAGAGAGCCUGUCGAAUGACGAAGAUAUCACAAUGAAGCGGAGGCAGAAAUCUAACAAGAAAUCGCCGACACGACGGGCAAAUGAACACUUGGCCAAAACAGCGUACGUGCCAAGCAACAGCAAGUCCUCGACCGUGUCUGGUCGAUUCACGGACUCUUCAGAAGGCCAGAGGUCCGACUUCGACAUAUCUAAAAGCACGCUGUAUGUCGUCGGCAGCAACCCUGGGGAACCCAAGAUAUCGUACCAAGAUCCUCCGAAGAAAAUAUCCAAAACGAUGAAGAAAUUACUUCGGAACAUAGACAAGCACAAGAGCGAGAUGAGCAAGGUGGGAGAGAAGGCGAUCAGCAAGCUGACGACGAUGCGGGGCAUCUUGAAAGACGGUAGAUGCGUGCCCGAGUGCACCGGGGACUCGACUGCGCAGGGCCAUGAGGAAUACACUGAUCAAGACCUAACAUUUCCCUUCCAAACGGAUUUUUGUACUUACUCGGCGUACACGAAGCAGAAUCCAGAUAAAAACGUAACUUUCAACACACAAGUCGUUAUCAUCCAUUUCCGAGGCGACAACUGCAUUGGCCAGAGCGUGGAAGCCCUUAGCAAAGAAAAGGACCAACAAGCAAGAAAUUCCGAACUCAGAAAAACUUUCCUCACGAAAUACAACGAGUUUUGGCCCACACAGAAAUAAUUUUAAGUCUAGCGUUAAUUCACAAUUGUCUUAGUCGUUAUGAACCAGUAAUAAGUUUGGAUUAUAAUAAUUUAUUGUGAUUUAUACUUAUUUAUUUAGAUAACAAUGUACAGUGUUUAAAUUAUGGAAGUUGCGUUUUUGUCUUGUGGCGUUUUUCAUUACAGUAAUUUUUAUUUUAAUGGCUUAUGUAAAUAUCAAAGCGUAUUUCUUUCUUCCUUACCUCAGUA